AUGUUUUAUACACAUGCGAUAUUGACCAAACGUGGUCCCUUAGCUCGUCUAUGGCUUGCGGCACAUUGGGAUAAAAAAUUAACUAAAGCACAAAUUUUCGAAACAGAUAUUCGACUUAGUUGCGAAUCGAUUCUCGAACCAUGUCUAAAACUUGCAUUACGUACGAAAGGACAUUUAUUACUUGGAGUUGUACGAAUCUACUCACGGAAAACGAAAUACUUAUUAGCGGAUUGCAAUGAAGCGUUUAUUAAAAUUAAAAUGGCGUUUCGACCGGGAGUUGUUGGGAUUGAAGGAUCAAAUACACAUAGUGUCAAUGUCGACCCCGACACCCGAGAAGUUUCAAUUGCUGCAAUAACUUUACCAGAAAAUUUUCACGAUUUUGAUCUAAUCGAUCUUAACAUAGAUUAUAUCGAUGAUCCAACUCGGUUUCAAAUGCAUCAAGCACGUGCAGAAGAAAUCACAUUGAAGGAAGAUUUUAUCAGUGUGCCUAUGCCAAUGGAUGAUGAUUUUGGUGAUGCUAACGGACUCGACGAACCUGAAUUCUUUCGUAAACUUCAACCAUCAGUACAUUUGAAUGCACAAAAUUCAAAUCUAGAUUUAGAUGAUACAACUGUGCGCAAAAAACAAAGUAUUGCUCGACCAUUCGGUGAUGAUCCAUUUGCAUUGGAUGGUUUUGGAGAUUUUGCUGGACCUAGCUCAGUGAUUGGUAUCGGCGAUGAUAAUUCAGAUUUAGCUAAUGGUAAAAGUCAUUACGAUCAUGUCAUGUCACCAUUUCAUCAUGAUGACAAUGAUCCUGCCAUACCCACACUUAAUGAUCAUGCAGCUCCAGCUGGUGAACGAAAUCAAGAUGAUGGCGAUAAUCGUAUGGAUGUUGAAGGCGACAAUCAAACCAUCCAACACAUUCCAGGUGUUGAUGAUACAACACUUCUAUCUAACGUUUCGGAUGAAUUUGUUCUACCACCUAUUUUAACAUCAGCGCAAACACCUGUAGCAAAUCGGCAAGCAGCCAAACGCAAGCGGAAACUAGUUAUUGAUGAAGUUAAAGAAAUUGACAGUACAUCAAUGAAAACGCAGCUCAGUGAUACAACAGAUAUUGUUGGUGUACUCGAAUUAGCACCGCCGACGCGUCGCUUAAUGCACUUGAAAGAAACCGGUGGAAUAGAAAAGCUGUUCUCUCUCAGUGCUACAUGUGUAUUUUCAAAAACUUUGCAACAGUUAUUUUCACGCAAUUUAACCACAAAAGCAUUGGAUCAAAUGCCGCCGGAUAAUUAUCAAAUUCAACAUGAUCUUGCCAUGGAACAACUUGAACGUGACAGAGACGAGUCAUCCAUUGAACAAAUGCGUGCUUCACAUCAUCAUUACCUAGAAGUGCUAGGCUAUGAUUCACCCAAUCGCUCAAGAAAACGUGGAUUAUCCCCGGGAAACGAAUCGAACAUCGAUAAACGGCAACGUAUGGAAUCGAUUCUACCGGGUGAUUCCUUAUUUUUCCCUCCGAUGACAACAUCUAUGGAUAAUCUCAUGGAUGUUAUGCCUGCGCCCAUGUCACCAACGAGAAAGAGUGGACGAAAAGUUCAUGAAUUGAAUCAGCUACCUCCAUCGCCCUCACGCACACCCGGUAGUGCACGACGUAAGAAAGGAAUGGGACAUUUGAAAGAAAAUCAGGAUGAGCAAGACGAUGACGAAGAAGAACAUGGACAAACGACAACCGCUCAAGAAGAUUUUGAAUCUGGCAAGAAGUUGAAUCGUCGUGCAAAAAUCAUGCUUAAUGCUUUCGAACGUUCUUUCGAUUCAGUAGACGCACUUUCGUUUCACGAUCAUCUUUCGUCGGGCAACCCAAAUUAUCAUACACGAAAAUUAACUGCACAGAAAUUUUAUACGCUAUUAGUAUUAAAAAAAUUGCAAGCUGUUGACGUUGAACAAAGUGAAGCAUUCGGAGACAUAACAGUAACACCGGGUGUGAAUUUCCAUCAGUAUAUAUCCAGCGGCGGAAGAUGA